AUUAGUUUGAUAUCGAGUAAAAACAACCCGUCAAUCCGUCGAAACCGAUUCAGUUGACGAAAACAACUGAGACGAAAACACUUAUCUUCUCUCCACUGCGGAAACCUAGUCACUGUCGCCGUUCUCCGUCACCGUUCGCCGUCGCCAUCGCCGAUCGCAGAGGUCAUCACAGACGGGUUGAGCAAUAUACCAAUACAAAAUGUCUGUAGGCAUGGCAAGUGUGAUCAUGCCCUCAACCUUCAGAGCCUUCUCUGUCAACAGCAGCAGCAGAGAUCGUGUAAAUUUAAGCACUGAUAUUGGGCGGUGUCAUGGUAUAAGGGCAAUGCGCAUAGAGAAACCCCUUGAGGAACUGUACAAUGUGAGGGUGGAACGGAAAGUGAAACCGGAGCGAUUGGCAGAGCUUGGGGUUUCGAGAUGGUCAGUGUGGAAGACUGGCAAAUGCAAGUUGCCCUGGGACUGGCAGGUCGACCAAUUGGUUUACAUUGAGGAAGGGGAAGUGAGAGUGGUGCCUGAAGGCAGCAAGAAGUUCAUGCAAUUUGUUGCUGGAGACCUUGUUCGCUACCCAAAGUGGUUUGAGGCUGACCUCUGGUUCAAUGGUCCAUACCAAGAGCGUUACAUUUUCAGAGCAUAUGGUGAUGACUGAGAAUCCGUUAUGUUAAGAUACAUGGAGUAAUUAGAGUCCUUUCUUUAAUAGUAUUGUUGUUUAUUUCAAGUGCAGCAGUGCUUGCUUGAACUCAAAAUAUAUUAGAAUCACGUCGUUGGUUUUAAA